AUAGGUUUAGAAACUAAACAUGUAAACAAACCAACGAGGUUGAAACAAACUCGCAAAAUUAUGAGCGUGGCUUCCCUCACGAGAGCAUGGGCACAUCUGGUCCAAGAAUGCCUCUUACGGAACGUUCGCUGUCUCGCGGCCAGAAAGGGAACACCGGGACUCGCCGAGCUUCCUCAGCCACCGAAGAAAGCACUUUCCGGCUACCAGAUGUUCACCAAGGACAAGUGGACGUUUCUGGAAGGGCAAUGCAAGGGAUCGAAAGAUGGUCAGGAGCGUGUCAAACUAGCCGCAAUGGAAUGGAGGGCUGCUGACGCAGAAACAAAACAGAAGUACCUACAGCUGGCACAUGAAGAUGCGGCGAGGUAUGCCAAAGAGUACAAAAACUUCAUAUCUGGUCUUUCUGCCGGAGAGCUGCUGGCUUUCAAGGAUACCAUUGCACGAGCGAAACUGGCAAGGAGCGAGCGUCGCCUCAAGACCAAACUUCGCAAGCUGGAGAAACCCAAGGGACCCAAGACGGCGUUCAAUAUCUUCUGCCUUAAAAUGAAGACUGAUAACAAACCCAUCACGGAAAACAUGAAGGAACUCGGUGAAGCUUGGAGAAACAUGACAACUUUGGAGAAACAGGUCUAUCAGGAGCAGGCCGAGCUGGACAAGCGGCGUUACCUGAAGGAGAUGACGGACUGGGAAGUUCACCUGGAGGAAACGGGAAAUGCCAAGGUCCUCAGCCAGCUGUCCACGAGCAGAGCGAGGGCGUCCCUCUAUCCCAGAACAAGACUAAAGACCGGCGGUAGAGACGUGGAUGAUGUGGAAGAACAGCCACACUGACAAAACCCCAGUGUGCACGUAGCCCAACCCGACGUUUGUUUCUUUAAUACCACGGUCCUAUGGCGGCUGCGUUUAAUAGGCGGCAAGUUUUUAUCGUUUAAAAUAUAUUUGAGAAAAAGAAUCUGGUCGCUCUCUCUUGCUCAACAAUAUUAGCGGCAGGCGCUUCUCUAGCUAUCAUCAUCAUAAUUUGUGACAUAACAAGUGGGACAGACCGCACAAAUCUUGGAUUCCUCAGCUCGUCAGCUCGCUUCAUGCGCUGUUUGAGUAACGUGCUGCAAAGCCUGUUUCACGUGCUGUGUUUAUUUGGUGAAGUGAUAUUUGUAGUAGGGCCAAAGAGUGUAGCCGUGCUAACAGACACUUUUGGUGCUGAGGUGUCAAAGCGCUCGGAUGGUCGUAUGCUAGUACUCUGUGUAUCCUGUUGGUUCCAAUGUGUUCUGUGAGUGCUGGUCUCUUAUUAGUUCCAAGUUGAUUUCUUUAUGAAUGUUGGAAACCAGUAAGCAAACAUUUUCUAAAAAUAAAUGGCAGAAAGCAGUGCUGGCUGGCUUCUGGAGUUGUUUCAACUAAAUCCUUGCUUUUUCACCCAGUGCACGUGAAAUGUGCGAGACCCCCUCGCGAUCAAAGUCUUCAAUCUAGUAGUAGGCAAGCCUCGCGAUCAGUCUUCAGUCUAGUAGGCAAGUCGGCAAUACUUCAGUGUCCCAAAAAAUGAGGUAUAUGCUAUGAAUUACUACUGUUUGUAUGUUUUAAUUUUGGAAACCCAAAUGCGCAUAAUGCGUGAUGCGCUUCUCAGCUAGCAAUUUUGUAUUUGUAAACAAUUCUUAGUAAAAAAUUGGAUAAAAAAAUUAACCAAUGGCCUGACUUUGCCGGGCCAUGUCGGACAAUUUAAGAAUUUAUGACAAUUUCUGCUUUUUCUUUAAGCAGAAGUCGCAAUGUGACAAACGUUUUUGCCACAUAUUCGAUGCAGGAGGAGCAAAG